AAAACGAUCGCACAUCGCUCGCUUCAUUCGUCAACUGAACGUCUCGCCGUGCACUUCGAUCGUCAGCUGAAUGGUAUUUCUAUAUAGUAUAUAGUUCAUAUAUCAACGUCUGUGUGUGUGUCUGCGUCUGUGCUUUGUGUUCGCAUUGAAUAACUAACUUUUAAUGACGAUUGUUCGUGUUCGUUAGAAAACCAGAAACUAAUUUAGCGCCCAACAUUUAUCGAUCCCUUACCCCUUGUGUGUGAGUGAGUGCAUUACAAAAAAAAAUAAUAAUAAAAAGAACAGGAAAUUGUCUCUCUAAAUAACAUCUUUAGUCGAAAUGACUAAAAAUAAAAAUCAAAAAAAGAAGGCGUUCGCUGCAAAAAACACCAACAACAACAGUUAUAAUAAUAAUAAUAAUGGUACCGCUACCCCGCCGGACUUCCCAACUCCGCCGCCGACGCCGCCGGCCAACGGCGGUAUCAAGGCACCCGGCACCUACGCCAAUGGAAUGCCUCGCAAACCGCCGGUUCCGUGGGAGCGCGAGUUCGUGGGAUCGUUUCUGCUGGAGAUGGCCACGCGCCAGGUGAUCAGCGCCCAGACGGAGUGGUACGUGGACAAGGCCAAGAUGCGACAGAUGUUUGAGGAGCACUUGCGGGCCCUGCCCAACGCCAGUGAGAUCCGCCAGAAGCUCUCCAUCCAGGGAGCUUCGAAUAUUGGUGCUCUGCUGCACAGGACGAACUUUCUAAUCAACACGCCGCGUGGAAACUCCAACUAUCGCAUCAAGAACUUCUCCUUGAUGCACUUUCGCAAGGAUAAGUUCGAUUUGCUGGAUGAGGAGCACCGACGUCGGGAUGCCGCCUCCACGGCCAAUGCGCCCGGAGGAGCUCCUGUUGAGGGCAACACACCACUUACCGCAGAAUACAAACUUGAUACGAAUGCAACGGCUACGCUGCUGAAAUAUCAAAAGACGCUGCUGCUGUCGCCGCAGAAGGAAUUCGAGCUCAACUCCCUGGGUUGCUAUAUCUGCCAGGAGAACUUCGAGACAAUUGAGAAGUAUGAGGAGCAUGUGGAGUACCAUGGCGACGAUUCUGAUUUUCAGUCUCUCAAAAAGAUGGAAAAAUUUCCUUCGCCAAUGGUGUCCCUCUCUUACCAGAGCUGCGUGGACAGCCACUACUUUGGAUUCACCCUAAAGACCCACCGCAGGGAUCUUAUUGUCGAGAAGUUCAUCAUAGUGCAGUUGCGCGAGUUUUACUACGUGUAUAGUGCACAAAUGCCGCUGCAGGUGCCUGAGAGCGGGGAAUUAGUGUUCUUCGUGGACUCCCACGUCUUCAUGAUCCUUCGGGAGCAGCCCAUCGUUAUCGGGUUCACCAUCCAGGGAAAGAGAUUUGUGGAGCAGCAUCACUUCAUGCGCACGGAGGCACUGCCCAAGGCUUGCUUCAACAUCAACCCAUAUCGGCUGUCUAGCAAGGAGAUAUUCAAGAGCAAGGGUCUUCCACCAGCCAAUCCACCCACUCAGGUGUUGAGCGCUCUGAAGCACGAGGACGCGCAGAUCCGUUUGGCCGAAUAUGAUAAGCACUAUCAGAACUAUUGCGAGCGGGGUAGGGAGAUUACACAGGAAAAUCUUAGCGGUACACUGCGCACAUUGCUCCAGGUGGAGGACUUCGAACGAUUGCAGCAUUAUCUCUCGCUCAAGCAGUCGAAAGUGGAGCUGCACCAGUUCGGGCGGGAGCUUUCGGUUAAGAUGCGACUGGGUACCACCAGUAUGAGCGUGGAGGACAUCCUCUCCCCUGGCGACGAUGUGUUAAUCAUAAACGAGAAAGGCAGCCCGGAAUCGGGUGUACGCCAGAUGUUGGAAAACAACAACAAGGUGCUCGAAUUGGCACUCAAGGAUUUUGACUCCAUCUUGCAGUGGGCUCGCAGUGUUGACGAGAAGGUCGGAAAGCUGGAGAAGCAGCCACGAGUCUACUUCGCCCGCAUCCUUGGUGUCUCAACGCACCGGGUGAACAUCACUUGUGAACGCCAGUUACCGGACAACACCACCUACACCCUGAUCUUCCGUCCACUGCGAGCAGUGAUGCGUUAUCAGUAUCGAGCCCUCCAGCAGCUGUCGCUCACCAGUCACAGUGAUGUUCAGCGGAUCCUGUUUCCCGGCGAAAUGCUACCUAUGCCGAUGGCCAGUGGAGAACUUCGGCUAAAUAACAGGUCUAUAUCCAGCAAUCCGGAGCAGAUGCAAGCGGUUCGACAGAUAGCGCUGAGCCAAAGACUUCCAGCUCCCUACAUCGUGUUUGGACCACCGGGAACAGGCAAAACAUCGACCAUCGUCGAGGCCAUCUACCAAUUGUAUGUGAAUCGACCCGAAACGCACAUUCUAGUGCUGGCAGGUUCAAAUACGGCCUGUGACGAGGUGGCACUUCGACUUUUACGGGCUAUCGCCAAAGCACCGGAGAGUCAGCCACGACCGCUAACCCGUAUCUUUUCUGCCAGCUGCGAUCGGCGCAUCGACAAUAUUGACGAUUUGCUUCUGGAGUACUCCAACAUGUACGCUGUGCAUUUUUAUCCGGCCGUGCAAGCGGUGCACCAGUAUCGGAUCGUGAUUUGUACACUUAGCUUAGCUGGAAAGCUGUCUACCGGAGGCUUCGGUACAAACAAUGUGUACUCGCAUGUUUUUGUGGAUGAGGCAGCCGCUUCCACGGAGGCGGAGGUUCUGAUGGGCAUCACCUGCACUUUAUCGCCCACGUCGAAUUUGAUACUGUCCGGGGACCAUAAGCAGCUGGGACCAGUGCUCCAAUCGCAGAGGGCGAACGAAUGGGGUCUUGGACUGACUCUUUUCGAGCGACUGCUGCAGAGGAAGUGCUACCAAGUGGACGAGGACGGGAGCUAUAACACGGCUGUGCAGACGCGUCUCAUCCGCAACUUUCGUUCUCACCCGGAGAUAGUAUCGCUGUACAGCAAUCUUUACUACGACGGAAAACUUCGGGCUCAUGCAGCCAUUGGAACUGUUUGCCGCUUCCAAAACUGGUUUUACCUGCCCAAUCCGCACUUCCCUAUCAUGUUCCAUUCCGUUUUUGGCACUACGACGAACACGAACAGCUCUUUGAGCCUGUGCAAUAAUAAGGAGAUCGACGUUGUCAUGGAUUACGUGAAAGAUCUCAUGUACUUUGGUCUCAAUGGCGAGAAGUUAUUGCAGACGGAUAUUGGUAUCAUAUCGCCGUACAAGAACCAGUACCAACGCAUCCAGGAGCAGUUAAACAUGCGGAACUGGUCGCAAAUAGAUUGCGGAUCUGUUGAGCUAUUCCAGGGCAAGGAGAAGCCUGUGGUCAUCGUGUCCUUUGUACGCUCCUUUACCCCCAAACUUGGAUUUUUGAACAAUGAACGGCGUUUGAACGUUCUGCUUUCGCGUCCGAUAUCACUGCUUAUUCUCAUCGGAAAUCCACGUACGCUAAGCCAAAACAGUGACUUCCGCCAUAUUAUCGAGAUGUGUCGUGAUCGGAAAACCUUGGUUGGGGUGCAAUACCUUAGCGAAGAUUCUAUUCCGACUAAAACUAACGGAGGAGCAGCUGUGGAUUUGCCUGCAUCAGGGCUAGGACAACCCCUCAAGCGAAAGUGCCACGGAAAGAAUCCAGCCCAGGCCGUAAAGCUGUUCUACUCCAAGAAUGAGCUGCUCAAGUUGGGAAUUGAGUGUAAGCCGAAAAAAUCUGAGCUGGAGGCAUUGUUCGACGAGUUGCCGAAGGUUCCAAGCAGUGUGGACAUUGAUUUGGACGCAGUUCGUUCGCUGGAGGACCAAUUCAAAGAUUUUAAAUUGGAAAACAAACGGGAGGCCGCAGGACCAUCGAUCCCAGUUACUCCUGCUCCACGAGCAGCUGCGCCAUCAGUAAAACCAACAGCAGGAUUAUUGAAUCCGGAUACGCCCACUUUGCGUCCAUCUGCUUCACCGAGACCAGCAAUACCAAAAUCAACUUUAUCAACACCGACUCCGGUGCCAACAUCGAGACCAGCAAUACCAAAAUCAACUGUAUCAACACCGACUCCGGUGCCAACAUCACGCUAUGCACCGCCGCCAAUCCCUUCAUUGAACACACGCCCGAUUCGCAAUUUAGGAGACCCCCUUUUCCGCCAUAUUAACGGAGUGCCUUCUGGCUUUGAAGCGCUGUCUUCGGUACCUAAGACAACCAGGUCUUCGGUUUACAGCCACAUUCCCAGUGGCAAUCUUCGAUUCGAGAACGUGCGUCCCGCGUCCGAAGAGUAUCGUCGUCACACGGCUUUCACUGAGCAACGCCGUGCUCCGCCAUUUCGCGAGCCCCACGGAAACUGGCACGAUUUCGGUUGGGUACCACCACAGCCCGCUCCAGAACCGCCAAAAAAGGAGAAGAAAUUCUGUAUCAUUUCAUAAUUGUAGCUUCUUUCGGAGCUCAUCACAAUCUAUAGGGGCGGUGCGGUUGCUUGGCCUAACAAGUGAUCUCGCUGUCCUCUUUUUGACUUUGCUAUUGGCAUUUGUGCGAUCUGCGAUCAUCCAUGCGCCAAGUAGCAAAAAAAAACCUACCAAAUAGACUCGCACCUGAUGCGCGUCCAUCCGAAGAACCCGUCAAAAGAAUGGUUGACCUCAGCUGCUGAGGUGGCCUCAAUGUUUUGGUCUUUCUUCUUCGAUGGGUCGCAUCAAUUGCUAGUGUAAUUGAUUCGAGCAUAGACAUGGAGCGCUCAAAGUGAACACUUUUUGGUUGCAUAAGCCCGACGCUUUCGAGUUAUAUUACGGAUUAUAUAAUUAUAUAAUCGUAAUGUAAGCCGCAAGCCUUGUGUGCACUUCUGACUCUGGGUUUGACUUUGAGUGUUAUAAGCAAAAUAGUAUUUACUGAUUAGGGGGACCAGGGUAAACCCAUCCAUAUUUCCCCCACAAUAAUAAACAUGUAAUCCGCCCAGGA